AUGAACAGCAUCAACAGUCGCACGAAACUCCAACUCACCACCAUCUCCGCACUCCAGCCGCCGCCGGCAGCACAGGAAAUGUCUUACCGCGUACAGCGCAUGCGACGUUACUUUAUUUCAAAAGAAGUUUUCGCCACACUCCAACCGCUCUUCCUCUUCACCUACAUCUAUGGCCUCACGCCGUUUCGCAUUGUGAGGCGUCGCAACGGCACGAGCGAGAUACGCGCUUCCUGCUUUGGUUACUGCAACACUGCCGCUUAUGUCAUCCUCUAUGGAAUUUGUUUUCUCAACUCGUUGUUGAGUGCCGAAUCUGUUGUUGGUUAUUUCUUUCGCACGAACAUCUCGAUUGUGGGUGACACGCUGCAGAUUUGUAACGGCAUUGUCACCGGCUUUGUCAUCUAUGCGACGGCGUUGACGCAACGCUCUAAAAUGCGUCGCAUCAUUGAAGUUUUCAACAUGUUGGAUUUGAAUUAUGCAAAUAUUGGUGUCCGUGUGAAAUAUUCGCGUAUUUACCGUUACGCAUUGUUGUUGACUAUUUCGAAGACACUGAUAAUUGUGAUCUAUUGUGCGGGUGUUUAUUUGCUGUUGCGUUCGGUGCAUGUGCGGCCGUCGAUAUGUGUGUGUGUGGCGUUUUUGUUGCAGCAUUCGGUGUUGUUGGUGGCAGUUUGCUUGUUCUGCUUUAUAGCGCGCGGCUUCGAGCGGCGUUUGGUGAUACUCAAUAAGGUAUGA